AUGUGUGACGAGGAAGAGACAACAGCCUUGGUAUGCGACAACGGCUCAGGACUGGUGAAGGCUGGCUUCGCCGGUGACGAUGCCCCCAGGGCAGUGUUCCCCUCUAUUGUGGGGCGCCCCCGUCAUCAGGUGAGACAUUAUCUUACUCCCUCCCCCCUAUUACCCCAUCAUUGUCAAUCACAGGGUAAUUCCUGAAAUUCCUGAAACACUAUUGUUAGUUGGUCAUUGAUCCUACAGCAGGGAUCAUCAACUAGAUUCAGCCACGGGCCUAUUAUUUCUGGAGCGGAUGGUCAGGGAACAUAGUUGCAAAUAAUUUGUAGACUGCAAAUUGACCGCAAGAAGCCCGAACAUAUAUAAUGUUUGACUAAAACAUAAUAAUUUCAAACCUUGCUUACAUUUGUAUGCGAUCACGUGUCUCUCUAUUAUGGGAGGGAAUACUUGGGAAGAGAUUUCUUGAAUUAUACUGAACAAAAAUACAAACACAACAUGCAACAAUUUCAACGAUUUUACUGAGUUACAUUUCAUAUAAGGAAAUCAGUCAAUUGAAAUAAAUUCCUUAGGCCCUAAUAUAUGGAUUUCACAUGACUGGGCAGGGGCACCUGGGAGAGCAUAGGCCCACCCACUUGGGAGCCAGGCCCAGCAAUUCAGAAUUCGUUUUUCCCUACAAAAGGGCUUUAUUACAGACAGAAACACUCCUCAGUUUCAUCAGCUGUCUGGGUGGCUGGUCUCAGACGAUCCCUCAGGUAAAGAUGCUGAAUGUGGAGGUCCUGGGCCGGCGUGGUUACAUGUGGUCUACGGUUGUGAUGCUGUACUGUUAAAUUCUCUCAAACGACAUUGGAGGGAGCUUAUGGUAGAGAAAUUAACAACAAAUUAUCUGGCAACAGCCCUGGUGGACAUUCCUGCAGUCAGCAUGCCAAUUGCACAUCUGUGGCAUUGUGUUGUGUGACAAAACUGCAAAUGUGUUGUCCCCAGCACAAGGUGCACCUGUGUAAUGAUCAUGCUGUUUACUCAGCUUCUUGAUAUGCCACACCUGUCAGGUGGAUGGAUUUUCUUGGCAAAGGAGAAAUGCUCACUAACAUGAAUGUAAACAAAUUUGUGCACAAAAUUGGAGAGAAAUACGCUUUUUCUGCGUAUGGGAUCUUUUAUUUCAGCUCAUGAAACAUGGGACCAACUCUUUACAUGUUGCAUUUAUAUUUUUGUUCAGUAUAAAAUCACUUGGAGCGGAUCUCCUGGUGUUUUAGAGUCUUUUAUAUCCAACAAUAAAAAUUCCACAUGGGCUGCCAGUUGGGGAACCCUGUCCUACAGUAUGGGUGACCUGGUCCAGGAUCUGUUUAUGCUCUUACCAACUACAUUGCUGUCAUUGUCAAGCCAAACAUGGCAUGACAAUGAGUGACAAGGAGUUGGCAUGAUAGCACAAACAGACCUGCACUCAGACUAGAGUUUGGGCCAGUUUCAUGGAUACAGAUGAAGCCUAGUCCCGGAAUAAAAGGCACUUUCAAUAGAGAUUCUCCAUAGAGCAUGCUUUCUAGCCGAGUAGGCUUAAUCUAUGUGCGGGAAAACAGACCCUAAAUGUGUGUCAUGUGUAGCUCUGUUUUACAAAUCAAUAUGUGGCUGUUGAUGUUCAUGUCUGUACCUUCUGUCCAUGUGAAUAACACAUGUCUGUCUGUCUCUUCCCCAGGGUGUGAUGGUGGGUAUGGGUCAGAAAGACUCCUAUGUUGGAGACGAGGCCCAGAGCAAGAGAGGUAUCCUGACCCUCAAGUACCCCAUUGAGCACGGCAUCAUCACUAACUGGGACGACAUGGAGAAGAUCUGGCAUCAUACCUUCUACAAUGAGCUGCGUGUGGCCCCUGAGGAGCACCCCGUCCUGCUCACUGAGGCCCCACUCAACCCCAAGGCCAACCGAGAGAAGAUGACCCAGGUGGGCCCUACACCUUAAACCCAAACACCUGGCCGUCAGUCUUAUGAUAUAGUUUAUUGAGCAUUUAAUGAGAAACAUCCCAAUGGGCAAAAACUGGUUGAAUCAACGUAGUUUCCACGUCAUUUCAACCAAAAAAAUCAAUAUGAUGACGUAGAAUCAACGUGGAAAACUGAUUAGAUUUGCAAGAAGGGGAUUUCGUAUUUUUCUUACCCAACUUUUAUGCUAAAUCCAAUGACAUGGUGAAAUGUUUUGUUGAUUUCACGUUGAAUUCACGUUAGUUGACAACUAGACAAUGAACUGACUGACGUCUGUGCCUAGUGGGAUGUUUCUCACACUGACUCAUGGUGACUCCUCCAUUCCUGCAGAUCAUGUUUGAGACCUUCAACGUGCCAGCUAUGUACGUGGCCAUCCAGGCUGUGCUGUCCCUGUACGCCUCUGGUCGUACCACAGGUGAGCAUGCUCCUCCUAACACUGAUCCACCCAAAAAUGGAUUACAGUAAAAAGUGACUUACAGUACAGCGAGUGCAUACAUUUUUGUAUGUGUAGCACCGUUGGGAAUCAAACCCAUAACCCUGGCAUUGACCACCGUGAUGCUCGUUGGUGUGUCUGUACUAAUGUGUCUGUGUGACCUGUGCAGGUAUUGUGCUGGACGCUGGCGAUGGAGUGACCCACAAUGUGCCCGUAUAUGAGGGUUACGCCUUACCCCAUGCCAUCAUGAGACUGGACUUGGCUGGCAGAGACCUGACUGACUACCUGAUGAAGAUCCUCACUGAGAGAGGCUACUCUUUCGUCACCACCGGUAAUGAUAGACUAUUACAUUUACAUUUAUAUUUUAGUCAUUUAGCAGAGGCUCUUAUCCAGAGCGACUUACUAUCAAUGAAUAACCUUAUAGUAGAUACAAUUAGCCUAAUGUAGAACUCUAUACAUUUUUAUUGAAGUAUUUUACUUCUAUUUCAUUACAAUUGAAUAAUCAUGUAACCUUUCACCCAGUUAACAUGUAGUGUUAAUGACACCUGUUUAGUUCAACUGAACCGUGUCACUGUUGAUUGCUCAUAAUCUUACAGUGCCUCCUAUUGGCAAGAUAGAGUAACUGCAGCCAUUUACUGUACUGUUACCUGAGGAGCCUGUUCAAAGUCAUUAAUAUUGACACAUACUGUAGGUUUGGUUUCUCUAAAUGUAACAGUUGUUACCAUGUCUGUCUGUCUAUAGUGGUAGGUAACAUACUAUUUUAUCCAUCCCAACAGCUGAGAGAGAGAUUGUGCGUGACAUCAAGGAGAAGCUGUGCUAUGUGGCUCUGGACUUUGAGAAUGAGAUGGCCACCGCUGCCUCCUCCUCCUCUCUGGAGAAGUCCUACGAGUUGCCCGACGGUCAGGUCAUCACCAUUGGUAACGAGAGGUUCCGUUGCCCAGAAACCCUCUUCCAGCCCUCCUUCAUUGGUCAGUAUCCAAAUCAUUGCACCUACACAAUGUUCUAUAACCUGGACCAACUCCUGCCAUUGUAAAGACAACACAAACAGAUCUGGGACCAGGCUAAAUGUUAUGUGUUGUUGCACAAGUAAUGUAUAACAUAUUAUGCAGGAUAGCAGGAAGAAAAGUAGUCCAUAUUAUGUAACCAUAUUUAUGAAUCAUUAAGGAUAUACUCUAUGUAUCGUCUUUUAUAUGAUGCUUAUGAACUAAGUAUAAGGUUGGGGUUGUCCUCUCUUUUCCAAUGGGGCCUCACUACACAUGACAAUACUCAGAAUCCAAUGCUUCCCUUUCUCUAUUGUCUUGCCUAUAUGUCAAUGUUGUAUUAUCCAUUCUCUUGCCUAAAACUGUUUUUCUCAUAGGUUUGGAGUUCAACAGAAUAUGGGUGUAAAGACUGUUAUUUGUUAACCCCAUAGGUAUGGAGUCUGCCGGUAUCCAUGAGACCACAUACAACGGCAUCAUGAAGUGUGACAUUGACAUCCGUAAGGACCUGUACGCCAACAAUGUCUUGUCCGGUGGUACCACCAUGUACCCAGGUAUCGGUGACCGCAUGCAGAAGGAAAUCACAGCCCUGGCCCCCAGCACAAUGAAGAUCAAGGUAUGGAGAAUAUAUGCAUCUCAUUCUCUGUGAUAAUUACAUUGACCUAACCACCACCAUCACAAUUACUUCGAGAAAUGAUGCUAAAGUGAAGUACCUCAAAGUACUUUGAGGAUAAAGUACUUUGUGGUCUCAAAGGACCUUAGGUGUAGCAAAGCUGGUUAGGAUAGACACUUGACUUUGUAUAGACAACAGUUGACUCGGCCCUAACCACUCACUGUCGCUCCCUGUAGAUGAUUGCCCCCCCUGAGCGUAAGUACUCUGUCUGGAUUGGCGGCUCCAUCCUGGCCUCCCUGUCCACCUUCCAGGCCAUGUGGAUCAGCAAAGAUGAGUACGAGGAGGCCGGACCCUCAAUCGUUCACAGGAAGUGCUUCUAA